UUUUCUUUUUUACACUCUAGUAUUUGAUUAUUUGUUUCUAAAACUCUAGGUGUCUGUGGUUGUACAAUAAAUAAGAGAUAGCAUAUAUGGUAGGGUCACAUUUCUGGGAAUAUAAUUCGUUCAAAUUCAAAUCUUUGGGCUCCAGCCAAAAACCAAAACUAAAACCACAACACCCAAAAGCAAAACACCAAGUAAUUUAAAUACAGUGGUAAUUCUAGCUCUCUUUUCAUAAUGAACAUAUGCCUAGCAAUCGUGAGAUGGGAAGUGUGAAUCGGCUGUUGUCUCACAUGGAAUCAGUCCUAAAUACCUGUUACAGGAACUGAUAUGGUCUAAGAAUCUCACAGUGUUGAAUAUGAUUCUAGUGUGUAAAUGAGUGCUUUUUCAUUCAGUAUGGGCCCUAACACGAGCCAGAUACUUCAUGUGGCAUGAAGCAGAAGGAGUGGUGAUCUCUUCCAUGUAGGAGGAAAAACUGUCUGAGAUAGAUUUAUUGAGAGCCAGUACUGUAUAGUACGAGACUCUAAGGGAAAUUUAAGGAAUUUUCAAGGAUUUUUUGGUCCCCUGUUGAUUUUUGCCUCAUGUGCCGACAUUGACAUUAGAAGUCAACCUAUGUAGAAGAUACAGGUCCACUCUCAAGUGUUUUUAUAUCUUUCUAAAAGAGAAAUAAAAAAGGUUUUACCUUUUUUACCGAAAGCAUUUUUAUUUCCACAUCUAAGUAAGUUGUUUGUGUGAUUGAUACAAUGUGUGACUACUCCUAGUAAUUAUUAUAUUUAUGCCCAGAUACGAAGAAAAGAGCAAUAUAUUUUAAAUAGCAUUUUUAUUAUUAUAUCAAACACAAACUAACCUUAAUAUUGUAGCUGUGGUUUGUGUUUUGGGGCCUAUUACUAUUGAUGACUUACUCUGGCACAUACAGCUGUCAAAGGAGUUAAAUUUUUGUAUUUGGCUUUGUGCUAACUAAAGAUUGAUAUACCUCCCUUUUACUUCUGCUAGUACAUAGUACAGUAAGAAGUUAAUCAAAUAUGGAAGGCUCAUUAUGAGAUGCUAGGAAAGAAAUAAAAAAUAUUAGACAUGGACUCUACCCUCAAAAUUACCUUUCUUAGUACUAGAGAAAAUAAGACAUGUGCUUACAAAGAUAACUAAAUAAUGUAAACCCUGGCUCAUGAAGAGUAGAGCAGAAAGAGAAUGGGUCUUGAAGCCUGAUCCUUGUUCACCUUCUGGCCCUGUGACUUACCGUAUUAGCGGCGAAACCUUGGGCAGUGUACUUAAUGGGCAGUGUACUUGAUAGUUUCUAGGUUUGUUUCAUUGCCUCUAAGUGUGAAUAAUACCUUGCUGAUAGGGUUGUCAUGGACAUUAAAUGGUAUGUGUGGUGUUUUUAGCAUAGCGUCUGGGGCCUGACAGGUAAGUCAUCAGUAAAUGGUAGUCAUAGUUACGGGUGGUGAAGCAUUGAUGGUGAUGAUAGUGAGCAGCUGCUAGCAAGCCCUGAGUGUGUAGUCUGUGACCCUAGACACUUCCCUUUCUGCAGCUUCAGUUUAGGGUUUUAUUUUUCCCUGCUCACUCCCUCUUCUGCCUCUCUGCUGGCUUGAUUGCUUCUUCCUUGUAGUCCUGUUAUUCUCGCGUGGCUCAACAAUCUGUGGGAAAAGGCGUGAAGAGAGAAGCAUAAUCUCAGUGGCUCUUCUGUUCCUGCCCUCACCUCUGGAAUCACCUUCUCAUUGCAUUUCACCUAUAUAUUUAGGACCCACUUGUACUUUUCUACCAUUUCUACCCUGAAUCAUUUGAUAAAGCACCCAGGGUAGAUUGAUUUUAGGCAUUCUGAAAUUAUUUAUUUCAUAAACAUUUGUUGAAAGUUUUUUUAUGUGCCAUACUAGAUCCUGUGGAUGUAAAGAUGAAUAAAAACAAGCUUGUUUUAAAGAGCGCACAGACUGGAGGAGGAUGACCAGAAACUGCAUUCAGAGAAUGAGAAGAACACCCCCACUGGAUGAAUUGCAGCCACCACCAUAUCAGGAUGACAGUGGUUCUCCCCAUCUCUCAUGUACACCCUCAGAAAUUGGGGACAGUAAAUGUGAAUUUUCCCACUGCAGCAACAGUCCAAGAUGCUCAUAUAACAAGUGUCCAAGUGAAGGAAGCACAGGUCAUGAAAUAGAAAGUUUUCAUAAUAAAGGAUAUGAAGAAGAUGUUCCAAGUGACAGCACUGCAGUCCUGAGCCCUGAAGAUAUGUCAGCUCAAGGAUCAUCUUCACAGCUUCCUAAACCUUUUGAUCCUGAGCCAGAAGCUAAAUAUGGCACACUGGAUGUGACUUUUGACUAUGACUCACAAGAACAGAAGCUUCUGGUAACAGUGACAGCUGUCACAGAUAUCCCAACAUAUAACAGGACAGGUGGCAACUCAUGGCAAGUACACCUUGUUCUUCUACCUAUAAAGAAACAGAGAGCAAAAACCAGCAUCCAAAGAGGACCAUGCCCUGUCUUCACAGAAACAUUCAAAUUUAAUCAUGUUGAAUCUGAGAUGAUUGGAAAUUAUGCAGUUCGGUUUAGACUGUAUGGUAUACAUCGCAUGAAAAAAGAAAAGAUUGUGGGGGAAAAGAUUUUUUAUUUAACAAAACUGAAUCUUCAAGGGAAAAUGUCAUUACCUGUGAUAUUGGAACCUUCUUACAAUCAUUCUGGCUGUAACUCCCAAAUGAGCGUGUCAGAAGUCUCCUGUAGUGAAAGUACAUCCUCCUGUCAGUCUCUUGAACAUGGCUCAGUUCCAGAAAUUCUCAUUGGCCUGCUUUAUAAUGCCACAACUGGGAGACUAUCAGCAGAAGUGAUAAAAGGCAGCCACUUCAGAAACUUGGCAGCAAACAGACCACCCAAUACAUAUGUUAAAUUAACUCUACUGAAUUCCAUGGGUCAAGAGAUGUCCAAAUGCAAGACAUCCAUCCGCAGAGGGCAGCCAAAUCCAGUAUACAAGGAAACUUUUGUUUUUCAAGUGGCCCUAUUUCAACUCUCUGAUGUGACACUCAUACUGUCUGUGUAUAACAAACGCAGCAUGAAAAGAAAAGAGAUGAUAGGCUGGAUUUCUUUAGGUCUGAACAGCUCUGGAGAAGAGGAACUCAAUCACUGGACUGAAAUGAAAGAGUCGAAAGGACAGCAAGUAUGUAGAUGGCACGCGUUGCUAGAGUCGUGAUGACUAGGAUUAAUGAGCAAUUGCAGUUCAAGGCAGCAUCAUUUCUGAGUACAACAUUACUCUUCUUACCUAGUCACCAUGGGAAGAUCUAUUCUUUGAAAAAUCAUCUUUAACAUUCUACCCAAAUGCUUUAAAUUCUGUGGAAAGAACAUCUAAUACUGACAUAAAUGAAGAAAAGAAGUGUCUCUAGUAGAGCUUGUUUGAGAAAAUGAGAAACUUUCAUCUUUCUUAAACUGACAAUCCUCCAGAGCUUUAAGAGCAUCGUUUUGGUUUGAAGUUAAUUUUACUCUAGCAAAAGAGCCAAUAAUUUUAUGAAAAAUCAAAAUUAUAAAUGAUUUUGAAAAUUAGAAUUUUUAGUUACAGCACCCUUUUAGGUCACCCUACAUAUACACAGGACAUAUUUUGACUGGCUCAUCCCUGGUGUUCGUAAUGUUCUUUAAUAUGAGAAAGUCAUUCUCCAGUGUUGUCAAUCGGAUCUAAUGGUGAAAGGUUUCAAUCCCAUUGAAAAUCAUUUUAUUUCAGAUAUUUUCCCUUUGUGCACUUAGUUUUGUUGUGCCUCAGUUCUUCUCAAUAGCACCAAAUCUAAGUGCAAGCAAGUAUUCAUUUUCAUAAGGGAAUGUUUUCUAUGUGUUAUUUUAAGAAAAACUCACUUCUUCAUUUGCCUCUGAUUUUGCCUGAUCCAAAGAGACCAAGUUACUGUACUGGUCCCUUGCAAGUCUUCUAGACAGGUUGUACUGUAGACCAUGUAACUUUCUGUUGAAAGCACUUCCUGUAUUCUUGUAUUCCAAUGUAGGAAGCUAAUAGAGCAGGACUUCACUUUAAAAUCUCUUUCAAUGGUUGACUCUUUAAAAUUGUAAUAAUGUGAAAAUACAUUUUUUACAAACUAAAAAAAUAUAGUGAAUAAGCUGUUGAAAAUUGAAAACAAUUCAAGUUAAAGAAGAUUUUAAUCACCUGCUCUGAGUAUUUAGUAACCAACACUGCAUAAAGCAGGUAGCAUUCAAAUAAGAAACAGUUCUCUUCACUCUUACUUCAAUUUGUAUUUGUGAUCUAAAGACUCUCCAGUUCUAAGUGUGAAUCAGAGCAUCAUGUUAAAAACAGUUCUGAGAUUCCUUAAGAAGUUUCUAGUGACUUGUGACUAGAUUUUAUGAGAUUUACAGGUACGUUCUUCAGCGUGAUGUCAUCCUGUGCCUUCCAUGUAAGUUAAAUUUGCUCAUACAGCUUGAAAGUUGUAUUUGCAAAAUUAGGCCUUCAAUUUUUAUAAAUGUGAAGAUUAGAUUCCUCAGAACAGUGUCACAAGAUCUUUAUUUCCUCAGAAGUAUGUAGAAGUUGUAUAAUGUGCUAAUUUUUUUAAAUGGCAAGGCAUUUGUUGUUUUUAUAUUUAGGAACUCUGAUUACCAGGAAUAUUAUAAGCUGUUUUCUUUUUAAUUUUGCUUCUUAUCCAAUAUAUAAUUUUAUGCAUAUACUUUAUUAAAUAGAAUGUUUUAUAUAUAUGAAAAUUAUUUUUUUCUCUUUCUAAUUUCUAGUUAAAUUAGAAACGUACUAUUUACCAAUUACUAAAAAGCAGUAUAUCAUUGUUCCUAGUCCCAACUAAGUACUAUGUAUUAUUAUAAGCUAGAACUUGUUAUUACCAUAAUAACAAAACCAUGCAUAGAUAUUAUUACUUCAGCUUGGCUGUACUGAAGGGCCUUAAAAGAAACCCAAAAGGACAGUGAACUCCUAAUAUUUUUUAGUUUAAAAAAUGGCAGCUCUAUGCAUUCAUACAUAUGAGUUAUAUGAUAAAAUACAAAUGCCAUAUCAGGUGACAUGGGGUUUAAGAAUGUGUGUUAGAGAGUUGCAUUAAAGGGAAAAAUCUAUUCUUUUAUUAUUACAUUAAUGAGCAUUUUCCAGGGUUUUAUAAAUGAGUUAGGUUAUAAAGUUAAAACAUGAAUCAAAUGACAAAAUAUCUCAUGAAAGUAUUUUUAGCAACAGUUAUGGAAAGAGAUUGGAAGGGGGGCAGUAGAUUUUACUGCGAAAUUGGUUUUAGGCAUUUGAUGCUGCAAGUAUCUUUUCUGGCUUUGAAACAACUAACUGCAUUGCUAACAACUGGGAUCGUCCUAAUAAUAAAAAGAGUUAUCAGUCUUAUCUGUAGCUGUAACAAAGCCUAAUCAAAUACAUAUGAGACCAGCUUGGUGCUUUCUCCUACAGCAAGGAAAAGAACACUAACUAAAUGUUAUUUGUUAAAUCUUUCUUCAGACUAUGCCCAGAAUUGUGUGUGUGUGCUUGGAUACAUCCUUAGGGGUUUAUCUGGUCUGAGUAUAUCAAAUCCGGUAUGGCCUAAAAUUUAAUCAACAAUUUUUAAAUAUUUCAAGAAAGACCCUACUCCCCCCCAGCUGCCAAGUCCUCAAAGAUUAUGAAGUGUAUGUAUGUGUAUCUGUAUACACACACACACAUGCCUAUACACACAACAUAUAUAUACAAUAUGUAUAUGUGUGUGUGUGUGUAUAUACAUAUAUAUAUGUAUUUGUAUCGGUGAAGGUGCCCUGGCUUUCUCAGAUAACUAAAUAGAAAAGCAUUUAUCAAGUUUAUGGAUUAUUUUUCUCCUCCGUAUGUUUACUAGAAAUUAUAUUUGGUUUUGGGUGCUAUUUGCUGCCAUUCUCCUCCACACACAGCAAAAUAUGUAUCUUUUUAUCCUUUGGAUUGACACAGCUUAGAGUAAUUACUCCCCCAAAUUUGUCUGUUAUUUUAGAAAAAGAUUAAAUAGGGCUUAAGAGACCCACUCACUCUACUGAAUCUAACGUACAAGACGGUACUACUGCUGUUUUGUGUGCUUGGAUUUGCAUGAAAGCUUAAAGGCAAGAUAUUGUAUCUUAGCAAUUAAAGCAAAUAGGGGCCCACUGGUGGGCAGCAGGUGUUGUCUGAGAAACUUGAGAAAGACAACCCACUUUCUUAUUAUUCUCUGAAAAUCCCCUAAGUUUUAUAAUAAAAUGAGAUAGUCCAAAUACAGCGACUGACUGGCAUUCAUGGGAGCUCCUGAGCAUGGAAUUACAAGUUUUAUUUGUCUCCCAAAUGAGCUGCAACAUGUAGUUGUUUAUGCUGCCCAGGAAGCAAAGUAUAUUUUAUUUUAUUUUUGUUUAUUAUUUAUUUAUUUUUUGCGGUACACGGGCUUCUCACUGUUGUGGCCU